CUGGAGGUAUCCCUCCACAGAUCGUUGCCACCCAACCAAAUGGGCGGUGCUAUGUCGCAGAUGCCACCCAACAACCAAAUGGGUAUGCCAAUGUCUCAGAUGGGUCCAAACAACAAUCAAAUGAUGGGCAACCAGAUGUCCGGUCCACAGUCAAUGAUGGCGCCCGUGCAGAUGGGUGUCAACCCAAACACAAUGAACAAUGAUACAUCAAACUUCCGCGGUGGUAAUAACAGUGGCAUCGCAAUAUCAGGAAACAACAGUGGUGGUGUUCAAUCCAACUCCUAUAGAUCGGGUGGUGGAAAUGUAAACUCCACGUCUACAGGUGGUGGAGGCGGUGGUGGUGGCAACUGGAGCAACAAGAACUCAGGAAGAAAUAACGCCGGUGGUGGUGGUGGCGGUGGCACAAACAAGCAACAACAACAACAACAACAGCAGCAGCAGCAGCAGCAGCAACAGUUUAAAAACAAGGACAGAGAUGGUCAUUCAAAGGGAUAUCAAAAGAAGGACAAUCAGAACAAGCGUGGGGAUGAGCAACCCGCCAAGACCAAGAGAGAGCACCAGACUGUGUCCAGCAACACGUCACACACUUCAGACGACCGCAUCAAAGACAAGAAGUACAUUGUGCGCAUUCCCAACCACUCUUUCGUCCAGCACGACUUUGACUACGUCUCCCUAAAGAGGAUGUUCUCUCGUCUGUACAUUGCCCCAGACUUCACGCGACUCAUCCUAUCAUGGGUGACUACAGAUACCACAAUCAAUAUCAACCAACCGAUUCCCUUUGUCAUCGACUCAAAGGACAGUGGACAUCAUACCACACUUGCAGGUACCGAAUCAGCAACAACAAAUGACCCUUUGGACAACCAUAACGAUAAUGAUAACAACAACAACAACACAAGAUACAACGCCAAGGUUAUGCUCUUCCAGAAUGUACCUCAGGACCAACUUGAUACACUACAGCAUCUUAACAAGCGUAUCAAAUUCCUAAUUGCCAAGGCCAACAAGGACAUUGCGUGCAUUGGAGGAUCCUGGCAGCCAGAGACUGAUGGAAGAGACGUACGUGACCCACAGACUCUUAUCAACACUGCCAUACGAACUACAAAGGAAAGAACUCAACUGGACCUUGGAAAGUGCUCCAAGUGGAUCAAGUUUAUGGAGAUACAUUACUAUCGACCACCUACCGAGUCCUCUCUGGAGCAUAUGGAGGUGACUGUUGUAUUUGUACCUGAUCUAUCAAACAUGCACCCAGUCAAUCCUUUGCCCACUGCCAUCACCAACAAUAUCACCCCAACCACCAAUGACCAUGUCAUGACUGAAGGCACCAAGACCGAGGAAGCUGAGAAUCUCGACAAAAAGGAUGAUCAGGUCCAAGAGCAACAACAAGAUACCUCCGUUGUCAACGAGCCAGAACCAUCAACAACAUCAGCUAUAUUGAUCAAACAUGAACCGACAGCCGAAUCAGCCACCAAGGAGUCACCGACUAUCGAUCAUCCCAACAUUGAGGUGUCAGCAACUACAGUUACUGACAAGCCAACUAGUUCGACGACCCCAGCAUAUCACUGUGUUAACGCUUCAAAGUCUGGAGACAACAAGCUAAUGGUGCUGUCAUUGGAUGGUAUACUCGAGUAUGAGGAGAGCGACAAGUUUGAAGGCACAUUUGAACUAUCCCUCUUUGGCGAAUUCUUCUACACAAUGCUGUGUAGAGAUAUGGGCAAUCUCGUAUUGGACUCAAUUCUUGAGUUCAAUCCAUUAGAUGAAUCCUCAGAGGUGUCUGGUGACACUGCCUCAUCACCAAGUAGCAGUCAGAUCACUGGAAAACGCAAGCGUGAGAGUUCCAAUGAACAAGAUCAACCACAGACUUCUUCAGAGCAGCAGGACCAAGAGCAACAGCAACAACAGGAACCAGAUUCACGUGCCACAGUCGAAGAGUCCAAUGCAGAGCGAGAACCAGGCGAAAUGUCAGACAGUGAGGAGAAGGCAAUGACCACUGCGACUACCUUGGCAAGGUUGGAGACGCUACGAUGCUACAAUCAAGCCUAUGAAUUCUUUGAUCAGAAUGGUGCCUCCUAUCUCAAGAGUGAGGAUGUAGAACUCAUUCUCCUCAACCUGGGGAGGUAUCUUUCCAAGUCGUACGCCUCCAAGAUUGUCAAAAAGGUAACGGUCAACCAUGGUGCCAACAGCAAAGGUCGACUCUACUAUGAAAGGAUCACCUCACCUACAAACAAACAACAGUCAUCUGGUACCGCCUCCACAACCUCACCAACAAACACCUUGGCAUCACCAUCCUCGGCCAACCAA